UGAGUAUGCCUGAUAUACUUGCAAAUGAUCCAUAUACAUAUAUACUGUAUAAAAGAGCUGUAGAAGAAGGAACGGAGAUAGAUAAUAAUAUUAGAAUCAUGGUUAUCGGCUGUUAUGGACAAGGGAAAACUUCUUUAGUCAGAAAAUUGUUACAGCAGCCUUCAGAGGGUGUACAAACGACUAAUGGGAUAGAGGUGCAAAGAUGUACAUGCAGUAAAGAUGGUGUAUGGGAAACAGAUACACUGGAGGACCUUGAGGUUGAAAGUUCUAAACGUCUGGCAAAAGUUGCAAACGCAGUAGAACUUGAAACAAACACAGUUGAAACUUUUAAAGAAUUUGGAAAUGAAGAUACUAGUGAAAAUACAGAUAAAGAAGAAGAUGAUUCGGAAGAAAGAAACAGCCAAUCUAAACAAGAAAUCAAUAUAAAUUUCCCGAACCAAAACCUUACACCAAAUUUAAAACUAUUCAGCUCAGAGCUAAGUAGAUCUAGACAAAAAGCAAAAGCGUCAACAGAGAAUGAUACAACUUUAAAUAUUUGGGACUUUGGUGGUCAGUUCGUUUACUAUGCAACUCACCAAAUUUUUCACUCAAGGAAGGCUGUGUACAUUCUAGUUUUUAACAUAGCAGAAGGUUUGGAGAAAGAAAUGAGUGAUCCUGACUUCCCGGGAAGGACAUGUAAUAUGACAAUGAGGGAUUAUAUACGGUUUUGGGUUACUUCUGUACAUUCAUUUGCCGGUAAUGAGAAUGGGGAGGAACCACCAAUUAUCAUGGUUGGAACACAUAAAGAUCAAUUAGAGAAUGAUACUGAUACUGAUGAAGUAUUUGAGGAUAUUAGAAAAAUGUUUGAUGGUACCUCGGCUAUAAAUCACUUUCUGCCGUAUCAGUCUGUUGUGUCAAAUAAGGCUUCAUCAGAUGAGGAUAUAGCUGAACUACGCAAAACUAUUUUUGAUGCCGGAAAGAAGCAAGCAAAUAAACUUGUAGUGCCAGCCAAAUGGAUUCUACUUGAAAAAGAAUUGAAAAAGAUUCGAAACAAGAAAAUAAUCUCAUUAGACGAAGUGCUACAAGUAGACCGUGAAAAUGGUUGUCAGGUCCAGACAGAUGGUGAAGAUAAAACAAGGGACCAAAUAAAACUGUUCUUGAAAUAUCACCAUGCUCUGGGCUCUUUUUGCUAUUUCGAUGACAGACACUUGUCAGAAUAUGUAGUUUUGGAUCCACAGUUUUUGAUAGAUGCUUUCAGUUGUAUCAUCACAUCAGGAAAGUUCUGCAGAGUUCGCCCCAAAUUAAGAGUGUUAUGGCAAAAACUUCGUGAUACAGCUACUCUUGAGCCAGCAUUGAUUGAAGAGGUCUGGCGCGAAAGACAGGAAGAAGAGAGCUAUUUUAGGUUCAAGGAUUUGCUCACAAAAUUCUUACAAAGACAUCAUAUAAUCUCAGAAGUACUUAGAUUUGAUGAAAAGUGUGCGACUUCGCCACAGCGGCUUGGAUUCUACAUAGUUCCAAGCUUCCUCAGGGUAACAGCGGAAGAUGCUACCAUUGAAAAUUUUUUGAAAGGAAAACCUGCCACCGAAGUAUCCGUAGGGUACAUUUUUGACAAUGAUUCAGUUACACCUACACUUUAUCAUAAACUUUUAGCAGCUGUCAUUGGCAAAUGGCCUUUGCUGAAGUUCUUUGGACAGUACAUUUUGUUCAAAAACAUAGCUGCAUGCGAACUUCCAUCAGACCAUACAGGGCUGUUACAGCUGUCAGGAAAUAAACUGGAAAUACUUGUAUUAAACCUUUGUCCCCCACAAUCUGUCAUGUCUGAUGUUUGUGAUAUGUUUCGAAGAUUCAUAGAAAUGGUGAUUGAUCAUGAGUUUUGCAGAAUUCGAGGAAAUGAGGAACAUGUACCGCAACAAGCCGUCAAGAAGUAUGUACGUUGUAAUCAUGAGCAACACGGGAUUAAAGGAAGUUAUGAAAUACAUGAAUUAAACGACAUGCAGCCCAUCAGAAAUUUGCCAUGCCCCGACAGAGCAAGUCAUUCUUUAGAAAUGAAUAAGAUUCUCCAGCAGUGGUUCGGACACCAAGAUACAAUAAAAGACAUUCCUGAACGAAGGCUCACAAUGAAAGAAUAUAGCACACUUUCAAUGGGUAUUGGAGAAGGUUGGCAACAAAUAGGACUACAUUUAGGUCUUGAUGAUACAUCUUUGCAACACAUAAGCAUGGAUCAUACCUGUACGGUUAUGAGAAUAUUUUCUAUGUUCAAGAAAUGGGAUUCAAAAGAAAAUGAUAGGGCAACACUAGAUGUUUUGGUGAAAGCGAUUCAAGAUUGUCAGCAAUCUACAACAGUAAACUGGGAUGUGGUAAAAAAUGUUAUCGAUAGAUUUUGAUAUCUAUGUAACUCAGGUGAAAUAGUCAGAUCAAGUCGUAACAGGAAGAAAAGUCAAAAUACUUAAGAAAAUGGAGGAAACACGAAAUCUGGCUUUAGAUUGUUAUCAAAGCAAACAUUUGUUUUCAUGGAAACCAUUUUAUAACUGUCAUGAUGGCCGAUAUGAUUGGGGCCAUAGAUAGGGAACUCCAGCAAGAGCCAAACCUAAAGUCGAAGACACCUUUUGUGAUAGAUCCAAUCUCUUCCUUGCAAGUAACAACACAUAGCAAGGCAGGAUGUUAUAGCCGACAUAUACUGAUUUGGUUCCUUAUGUGGGACACCCUCGGCAUUAAGGUCACAGACUAGCUUGCACUCACAAAUUGCUGCAGAUGGUAACGUGAUUCAGUUGCUAAGUAUUCCGGAUACCGGUAAUGACCAGGGCCACUUGGACAGGACGGAACACAAGAAUAAAGCUCCUUUUCAUCAGGUCACCGGUACUUGUCGCCGUUUUGUAGAUGAGAAAGAUCACAUGUUACUACAGUAAGCUUCUUAUAAUUAUGAAAAUAUACGGACACCCGUGCAUGCUGUUUUGAACUAUUCAGUGACUGUCAGAUUUAUUUUGUUCAGGAGCACUGGCUCUUCCAAGUGCAGAUUUCUUCAUUAGGGGGAAUUAGUGAAAAUAUUGACUUUAUUGGGAAAGGGUCUAAUUCAAGAAAUCCGUUAUUACCCAUCCAAAAUGCAUAGGGGAAUGGGAGGGGUAGCAGUUUUAUGGAAGAAACACCUUAGUCGGUUCAUAACCCCUUUAAGAGAGGGUCCAGUGCAUUGAAUUCGGAUUGAAGAGCACGGCAUUAAAAAGACCCAACUUGUGUCUAGUUAUCUACAUUGUCAGGGAUACACUAGUAGAAAGAGGAGUUCUGUGUAGUUGUCUAUGAAAUUAUGUCUAAACAUGGGAAUACACAUAACAUCAUUAUUGGUGCUGAUUUCAAUGAAGACCUCGGGGGGAAAAUUUAGAGGUAGAAGGUAUACGCACAUCACGCAAUAUCUAUUAACCUUUAUAAAGUGUACGUGUUACCUGUUCUUGCGUAUGAACUGGAAAUCCCUUUGCCAUGAAUAAACUUGUUGGUAAACUUGAAGUAUGUCAUCAGAAAACUGUGAAGCAAAUAUUGUCUUUUCCUGUAAAUGUUUGAUAGCUUUGGCCAUGUUCAUUCUCCCGAGCUCCUACCUGCAUUUGAAGGCACUGAACUUUCUUAAUAAUAUAUGCAAUCAGACUUAAAUACUAGAACGUCAACGGGGAGGCUAAAUCAAGGGCAAUUCAAGUACAGGCUCUGAUCGUCAAAUACAGUCUCGGAGACAUAAAAGUUUUACUUGAGAAGCCAACGGAAGACGAAAAUUCACUACAUACAUACAUAGCCAUUAAGAACAAGUGGAAAUCAGAAGUUGAUCAUAAUGUAUCGUCAUAUUUUAACUUAAAACAUAUGAAUACUGAGUAUGUACUAGGAAAGUUUCACCCGCUCUUGCGUGUUGGAUGC